AUGGAUGCUCAUCUUCGGGUGCACCUUGCCAGAAAGGCUUGUACACGAUGUAGAUCCCAGAAGAGGCGAUGCGACCGGGCGACUCCUGCAUGCGGACUAUGCCAGAGGCUUCGUCAAGCGUGCCACUAUGAAGGACGGGUGAUAUCAUCUCCAAGUUCGAUACCAUCGUCCUCCCCUGACGCAGAGAUCUCCCCUGAAACGUUAAGUCCGGGCCAUGUAAAGGACGCUAUUGUCAAGAAACUCACAUCAACCCCGAACGAUAUCUUUGAGAGCUACAUCCAAUCCAUCCAUCCUUGGUUUCCUAUUAUAGCACCACAAACCUCACAAGGUCAGCUCCCCAAAUCCUGGAACGAAGCUUCCCUGGAUUAUACGCUCCUCGCCCUCUGCAUUAGUUUGCUUUGUACCUCCCCGCCCCCCUCUUCAGGAGACGGGACUCUAUCUGGUCUUCGAUCCGCGUACCUUCAAGUCAAGAGCUGGAUAGCAGUGAUUGAAGGACUCGAGGUCACCUCGCUCAAGAUCGUCCAAGCAAGAACUUUGGUCACUCUAUUCGAAGUUGCGCAUGGCUUCUACCCGGCAGCUUACAUCUCUAUUGGGACUACGGUCAGAGCUGCCGAUGCACUUAAAGUGAACGCUUACUUAUCUCCAUCAUCGCCAGCUACUGAUGAGUCCUGGAGGGAGGAGGCCGUACUGAUCGGGUGGGCAAUCCGUAUUCUGGACAGAUUUAUAGCAAUACACUUUGGACGUCAUCCAUCUCUCACUCGCUCUGUCGCUGAGGGUAUCCAUGAUCUUAACAAGAUCCCGUGGCCCACCGGUCUCGAGAAAGACAAAAGGAGCCCUCUCUGGCAACUUUCUCGUAUGUACGAAGCGUCCACACUUCUUGAUAGCAUACACAAUGCGUUACACAACCCCACUUCAGAACAAGCAUUCAAUGUGGAAGAAAUAGGGCUUUUGGUGGAAACAUCACAUAGCCUCCGGACGCUCCUAACCAAAGAGGUCGAAGAUAUGGACCAGAUAUACUCCGGUGGGCUAGGGCUCUGUCAUACUGGCUUACUCCUAGCAUACGAGAACGGCUCCAAAGUCCAGAUUACCGAUGAACAAACUUUAACUUGCCAGUCACUUGCCACAUCAUCUCUCCACCCCCUUCUCACUACCAUAACCAACACAGUCUACCCUUUUGUCAGUGGUACACAAGCCAUAGAACUGGGUCGUCUUCCUCCAUUUAUCACUUUUUCUGUGUACAAAGCGGCGAGCAUAGUGACAGAGAGGAUAUGGAUGGAAACUGACUCAAGUGAGGCAUUGAGAAAAUUACGGGUUUUGAGAGGAUUCUUAAAAAUGGUGAACGCAAGGUGGUCAUGUUGCGAGUACUACCUUGGCCUUCUCAACGAGGAUACAGCGCCGCGAAUAUUAAAAUCUAUCGAGGGCAGGUAA